GCAGCCCUUACCCGAGAGGAGAGAAAAAGGAGGCAAAGUUUGCUCAUAGAUUGGCUGAUCAAGCUCUAAGCUCAUGUGACGUAGGCUAGCUGAUACUCUUCACUCCGGCUGUCUUCAUUAACUUGAAACCUCUCAGUUUGUAUGAUACACCGGCUAUCAUGCGUUUUCACUUCAGCCGAAGGAGUUGCCGUAACCCUCCCGGCAUCCGUGACGAACCCGCCACCAUUUAUAGCCUCGCGGUGACAAACAAUCUUAUUAUGAGAUUUAAACUUUGCCUCGACUAGACCGGAGGAUCAACAUGCGCUUCUCUCGCACUUAUUCCCCCGCAAUUUCCCAACUGACACAAUAAUACCAAGCUAUACCUACCCGCCUCCUUUGACUGUGUUUAAACGCCGGUGUCAGCUCUCGGUGUAAUAGAAAAACCCAAGCAGGGCUCCGGGUCUGCUCAGCAUAAAUAAAGGUGAGCAGUGAGAGGAGCUCAGCCCUGAAUUAAAUCACUCAUCGCUAAAUGGAUCUGUGAGACUCUCUCUUGACGCAGUCAGCCGCUGCUUCGUGCGCCUUCAACCCGAAGACAGAAAACUGGGAUUCUUUUUUUUUAAAUUUUACUUUUUAUUUUGUCUAACAGAAAUAUCUCCUGUGUCGCUGAAAAUGCCUUGUGGUGACAUGCAGUAAGCUGCCAGCUUUGUAUCGGGAAGAGGCUUUUGCUCCGUGAUCGUCAAGCAGGUAAGCUGUUAACAGUGUCGCUACAUUUUGUUUUGACUUAAAUAUCGCAGACUUUGCAGAUAGCACACUGUACUUUAUGUCUUUUGCAUUCACACGGGGUAGCGGUAAUGGUUGAAAUUGAAUGCUUUCAAGAAUAUUUGAAUAGUAUUGCUCGGAUGUUGUGCAGAACCAAACAGUAACUCUUCUACCACCAAGAGCAUACACACCGUACGAAAUGCACAGCUGAACUUGUGCACCAUUACGCCGAAAGUCGGUGCAUUUUACGCUCGUUUCUUUGCGAGAUCUUUGCCAGCUGACUGUGAACGGGACAUGGACUGCGGUUCUUAUGUUACAGAUAGUGUUUUACCUUUCUUUCUUUUUUUAAGUUGUAUCAUUCUGAAUAUUAAUUGAAGUGAAUAGCUGUGCAUUUUAGGACACGGUAGCUUCCACCUGAUCCGGCUCCAGAGAAAGUAGUUCGCAGCUGUAGACCUCCAGUAACACCGCCCGCUGGAGAUGUGGCUUCAGCACCACGGACAGCUCCCCGGCCGCUUCAGCUCAGCCUAAACUUUAUUUCAGAGAUUUACACAAAGAAACUGACUAUUCACUUCUGAGUGACAACUCAUGAGUUCAAAAGGAGAAAUCAGUGAACAUCUGCACUGCUGGAGGUCACGAGGGAUGCUUUCUCACACUGCAGACUUCAACCUAGAUUCCCGAGAUUAUUCCUCCGUGCACAUGAGAGAGACACAGAUAGGAAGACAGUGGCAGAAACAAUAAGAUGAGACCAUUUAAUGACGGUAACCUCUAAGGAGAAAAGCACAAGCCAACCUGAGGCGGUUUUCACUGCAGGCAAACCUCAAUGAAAGAAACUCAGUGUAAGGGCUGAUUCUCCACAUCUUUCUGAUUGGUACAUGGGGACAAUACCAUCCAUCAAUGAAGAGGAGACAAAUAAAAUGAUUGUUUCUGGCUCGGAGAACAGUUGAACAUCUGGCUGAAAUUCCAACAAGAUCUCAGCUGCACUGAAACACACAGCGGUAUCACCCUCCUCUCAUUUUUUUGGGCCCUGCACAUGACUCUCAGAGAAGCACCCAUGGCCUGCAGCUUAGGCGUGGUGAUGAGUGCCUUGUUUUGGUCUGUAGCCAUUGUGUAUUUGACUCAUAUCGGCAGAGUCAGUGGAGACUGCUGGUUAAUUGAGGGGGAAAAGGGCUUUGUAUGGCUUGCAAUUUGUAGCCAAAACCAACCACCUUAUGAGGCCAUCCCACAGCAUAUCAACAGCACCAUUGUGGACCUUCGUCUGAAUGAAAACAAAAUCAAAAGCAUCCAUUAUUCUGCCCUUAGUCGCUUUGCCAACUUGACCUACCUGAACCUGACGAAGAAUGACAUCUCCUACAUAGAGGAUGGGGCCUUUUCUGCUCAGUUCAACUUACAAGUCCUUCAAAUGGGCUUCAACAAGAUGCGGAACCUGACAGAGGGGAUCCUCAGGGGCUUAGGAAAGCUGCAGUACCUCUACCUCCAGGCAAACCUGAUUGAGACUGUGACACCCAAUGCCUUUUGGGAAUGCCCCAACAUAGAGAACAUUGACCUCUCCAUGAACAGAAUCCAGCAGUUAGACGGGUCCACGUUUACCAGUUUGACUAAACUGACCACCUGCGAGCUGUACACCAACCCCUUCAACUGCUCAUGUGAACUACUCGGUUUCGUCAAAUGGCUCUCAGUUUUCCCAAACAGGACAAAUGAGCGGAUGGUCUGCGACUCCCCACCUGGCGUCUCUGGUUAUAGUUUACUGAGCCAGAAUCCGAACAAUCCAACAUUUCGAAAUGCGCUUCACAUGCUCACCACUGUGUGUACGGAUGAUUAUGUGACACCAUUUAUUUCUGUGCCCACUGAGCCCGUGACACCCCCACCGGACUUGACAGUCUGUGGGAUGGAAGAUUGUCCCUCAGGCACAGAACCAGAAGACAUCACCAUCAGUACCUACAACGACGUGGAAGUAAACCCUCUGAUGAAACUGAAGCAAGUCACGAAUACAGGUGCGACCAUCAUGGUUCAGAUUCCUCACCCCUUCAAGAAGAUGUACAUCCUGGUUCUGUACAACAACAGCUUUUUUACCGAUAUUCAAAACCUGAAAGCUAAUAAAGAGGACAUUGAACUAAAUAACCUUAAACCCCACACUAACUACACGUACUGUGUCGCUUCCAUACGUAACUCUCUUAGACACAACCACACUUGUCUGACAAUCACCACUGGCACUUUGAAUGGAAAGGUUAGAGAUGUAAACAAUGCAACUGCUACUCACUACAUUAUGACGAUUUUGGGCUGCCUCUUCAGCAUGGUCAUUUUCCUGGGUGUGGUCUACUAUUGCCUGCGUAGAAAGCGUCAGCAAGAUGAAAAGCACAAAAAAGCAGGUAGCCUGAAGAAAAAUAUCAAACUCAAAUACGGACAAGAGCUGGAGGGAGCAACUAUUUCUCGAAUGUCGCAGAAGCAGUUGUUGGCCGGGGAGAGCAUGGCACGUAUGCCAUACUUGCCAUCUGCGGCUGAAAUGGAGCAGUACAAAUUUCAAGAGGUAAGUGACACUCCUAAAAUGAUGAAAGGAAAUUACAUGGAGGUGCGGAGCGUGGACCACCAUGAACGCAGGGAGUGUGACAUGGGAAUGGCUGGGAAUAGCCAGGGGUCGGUGGCAGAGAUUUCCACCAUUGCAAAGGAGGUGGAUAAAGUCAAUCAGAUAAUUAACAACUGUAUAGACGCUCUUAAGUCAGAAUCCACCUCUUUUCAAGGGAAAUCUGGUGCAGUGUCCACUGCAGAGCCCCAGCUCGUACUAAUAUCGGAACACCCACAGAGUAAAUCUGUCCUUCUGUCCCCAGUGUAUACGGACAGCUAUCACCACUCUCUGCAGAGGCAUCGGACCUCUGACGUCUCACCAAAGAGGCCCAGCACUGCCACAGGAGGGCCCAUGCGAAGCCCCAGGCCUUAUCGCUCUGAAUCAAAGUACAUAGAGAAAAGCUCCCCAAAAGGAGAGACCCUCCUCACUGUAACGCCCGCUGCCACCAUCCUAAGGGCCGAGGCAGAGAAGAUCCGUCAGUACAACGACCACCGGCACUCGUAUCCCGACGCUCACAUAGAGGAGCUUGAAAGACCCGAUGGCCGCAAAUCCCUGUUGGAGCCUCUCACUCACUCCCGCUCCAGAGACUUAGCUUAUUCCCAGCUGUCAUCGCAUUAUCACAAUCUAAGCUACUCCUCCAGUCCUGAAUACUACUGCAAACCCUCACACAGCAUCUGGGAGCGAUUCAAACUGCACCGGAAACGGCACAAAGAUGAGGAGUACAUGGCUGCGGGCCAUGCUCUGCGUAAGAAAGUCCAGUUUGCAAAGGAUGAGGACCUGCAUGAUAUUUUAGACUACUGGAAAGGUGUAUCAUCCCAACAGAAAUCAUAACCUCUUUAGGUGUUUUUAAAAUGGACCACACAUUGCAGAGAUGACACAAGAACCUCAUCUUGACAAUUGAAUCAAUGGAUACUUCCAUAUUAUAAUCAACUACUCGCUCAUGUGUAUCACAUUCUCUUUUGAGUGUGAGGAAAAUGGGUUAAAGAGUCUUUAAAUUUGUCAUAUUAUGUAAAGCAUUCAUCUGGAAAACUUUUAUCGAUUGAAGAGAAAAUAUCUUGCAAAUU